GGUCCCUCCCUCCCUCGGCGGCGGCGGCGGCGGCGGCGGCUUUUUCGUGAGGCGAUGGCGGCGGUGCGGGGCCUCCGCAUCUCCGUGAAGGCGGCCGAGCCGGAGCCCAUGGAGGUGGAGGAGGGCGAGCUGCUGGUGGUGCAGGCCAGGCCGUCCCCGCCGGGCCCAGAAGCCGCGCCUCCUCCGCCCGACGCCGCCCCCGCCGGAGGAGAAGAAGAAGACGACGAAGACGAGGAGGACGACGACGGCGAAGAGGAGGAGCUGGAGGUGCCGGUGCGGCGCUCGCUGAGGGAGCUGCUGCCGGUAACGGAGACAGGGGGCUGGGGCGGGAAUGCCUCGGGCCUGCAAAGUCGGGAGAGAAGAGAGUUCCCUUGGGCAUGGGCAGAGUGCAUUUUCACCACGGGUAGAGGGGCCUCGUGCCCCCCAUCCCCGCAUGGCGAUGGGUGGGGCCUCCGACCCCUCCGCACCCGCCUCCUCACUCAGGGCCGGGCUCUGGCAGGUCGGCGAGAGCUCGGAAGACAAAGGGUCGCCCGUGGCACUCUCCAGCCCCACGUAACACGGGGGUGGCGGGGUCAGCUUUCAAGAAGGCCCCGCUUUUGGUUUUUAAGUGGGCUACUGUAGCUUGGCAAAGGGAGCCGGCUGGCUGCACUUGCCCUUUGCCCUGGCCGAGGGAAAAGCUGCAGCAGGUGGAAGCGGCCUUGUGAAUUGGCCCUGCGAAGAAGGUCACCUGGUUUGGAGCUCUCGACGGAAGGUGGGCAGCAGUGGUGGGCUCCCCACUUUUAUCAGUAAACGGUUUCUCGUCUGGUGUCCUUUGGCAUUCUGAGGCCUCAAAAGCAGCACCUGUGUAUGGCCCGAUGUAGAAUUGUAGCUUGCUUAUCUGCUUUACUUAUGAUUUUGUUUUCAUUUCAGGACACCAGCAGAAGAUACGAAAACAAAGCCGGGAGCUUCAUCACUGGGAUUGAUGUCACUUCAAAGGUAUUCCAUGCGUGCUUGGAGGUUUUACACUAAACCUGAAACUAUAGCACAGGCAUGUCCAACUCCCAAGAGACUGCAGUCUACUCCCACCAUAAAAAUACUGGCAGUGAUUUUCCCAUUGGAUUGACCAAAGGUGUCAAGCUUUUUUGGGGGAGGCUGCACCAAAGUUGUUGAGCUAUUUUUUUGGGGGGGGGGGAGCUUUCAGUAUCAUGCAGUCGUCCAGAAUUAACAAGGGAUGCCCUGCGGUCGAAUGGUAAAUCGUGAUCGACAGGUUGGACAUGCCUGCUCUAGCAAAUGGCGGGUUUCAGACUCAGUUGGUCUAUUUUUCUACAGCUGAUAUAUCAUUUGUUAUGUUUCUAGUUUUUUACGCAUUCAGUUGACAGUGGGCACCUUUAUGUUUGUGACACAAGCUGUCUUUGGCUGUUGCACACAGUAUUUCUGUGCUGUAACACUUUAUUGAAGAGGCUGGGUUUGUUACGGGGGUUGAGCCAAAUGGCUCUUUCUGUGUUUUUGUACCCUGUGUAGGUAUUAUUUUGAAGGGCUGAGAAUGCCACCUCUGGACGUGUAGGAGGCUCGUAAGGUGGCAGCUGCUGCGAAUCCACCAUCAUCAUUUUAUUUGUAUGCCGCCUUUUCACAGUUAAAACAAUGCUCAAGGCGGCUUACAAUAUGAAAAGAUUUACAUAAUUACAAACAUAGCAAAUAGUCAUAAAAAUAACACAUUAAAAUCUACAUAACCAAACUGAACAAUUUCCACAUAAAAAUAUACAAAAAGUUAAUAUCAGUAACAACAGCAAAAACUCCCAACAAAACUUUCCCCAAAAUACCCCAGUCCUUGUUGGACAGCAACCGCAGCAGCAGUCCUUAUGAGGCCAGCCAGGCCCUGCCCUAGGCCAGGUGGAGAGAGGCAGGCUCUCAGCAGGGGAGACCUCCCUAGGCAGCUGGAAAGCAGUUCUUGGCAGCUGUGGAUGGCUGUGUCACAGCUACACGAAGUAUCCGAGUGUCAUGGCAUUGAGGCUGCAAAGCCCCUCUACUGCCCUGUUUUAUUAGAGGAGUUUUACUUCAGAAAGGAAACUGUUCCCUUUUUUGUUCGGGGGGGGGGGGGGUCUGCUGGUACUAGCAGUAGAGCUAGGACUUGCUUCCAAACAGCCUUUUAUGCCAGUUGACGCCUGUCUUCUGAGAGGAAGGUUCCAGCCAUCAAACCCAAAGAAAGUUUGUGUCACCAAACUGUUGUAACUGCCUCAAAAGCCAGCCUCCAGCAUUCUCCCUCAGAUGUUUGCAUCCCUGUUUUAAGCCACUCUUUUGGGCACUUUUUGCUGCAACGCUAACUUGACUCUAGGUUUUACUUCACCCACCAUACUUACUUUGGAUUUCAUCACCCAAUUCGGGAGAGGCAGAAAUGUCCAAACUGCAUGGAGGCUUGUUCUAAGGGAACAGGCCUGUCAUUCCUGAAGUACCAGACCAUAAGUUUUGUUGCUGUUCUGUGUCAGGUAAUGAGGCAAUCCUUCGUCAGACGAGGGGUUUAGCUGAUGGGUUUUGUGAUGAACUUUCUCUGUUCCUCAUGUGUCAGGAGCCAGCUCCUCUAUGACUCCUGGUUUGCCUAUGAUGCCUGACUAGCUGGCUCUUUCUCCUUUUGAUGCCUUUGCUUUUUGUAGGAAGCCAUUGAGAAGAAGGAGCAAAGAGCAAAGCGUUUUCAUUUCCGUGCAGAGGUGAAUCUCGCACAAAGAAACGUGGCGUUGGACCGAGACAUGGUGAAGAAAGGUAUUUGGAGCUGUGUGUGGCUUAGUGGCUUAAGCAACGAGAAAUCUUGUUCUUCUGGAGCUUCAGUCUCCUUUCUGUAUCAGGGGAUUCCAGAGCUGGCCUUUGUGAAGGAGGGGCUUUUCCUCCUCAUGAGUUUUCUUGUUUUAUAAAGCAAUAAAAUCUAUUUACUUGGGAGAAAAGGCUGUUGGUGGAAAACGUCCAGGCAUAAUCUAGUUAUGUAUGCCUAUUUUAUUAUUGAGAAUUAAUGUAUGUACACUGCUUAGACUUGUUAUUAUUAAGUGGUUUAUAAUUUUUUUCUACAUAAAUAUGCCCCCAUGUUGGAGAUUGAGCCCAACAGAGCUUGGCUUUUACCUGUUGAGAAUAUAUAGGAAGAGGGCGAGAGAAAUGAUACCGGAUACAGAAAACAUCAGCAUUGUAGUAAACUAAAUGAUUUUUUAAAAUUGGAAAGAAGAGUCAGCUCUAUCAAUAAACUGGAGAAAGUGCUGCUACAAUGCAAAUAGUUUUAAACCCUCUCUUUAAAACAUAACUGACUCAUUCUAAAAUAAAAUAGUCUAAUAGUUUUUCUCAAACCCUGCCCCUAAAAAAUGUCUCAUGAAGUGGGUUGUUAUUCUCCCCACCAUCUUCCUCUCUUGCAGUUCUUUGCCUCUCUGUAAAUUGCAAUGACUUUUUCAUCAUUGCCUCCUAGCGAGGCCUCUCGUGCUCUUCCUUUCCCUUUCCGCAUUGUGUGUUUCUCCCUCCUGUUGCUGGCAGCUAAAGGAGAUAAUGGGUUUCUUUGCAGCCAUCCCGAAAGUCCGGCUGGACACCAUCUACGUUUGUGGUGUUGAUGAAAUGAGCACCCAGGACAUCUUUGCCUAUUUCAAGGAGUAUCCUCCUGCUCACAUCGAGUGGCUGGAUGACACUUCAUGUAAGUUGCUGAGGGUGUGUAAUCCCUCGGCUCUCUUGGCUGAUGUGGGAUAAAUUGGGCCCAGGUCUGUCUGUCUGUCUGUCUGUCAUGUCCCCCUGCUCCCCAUUCUGUGUUUAGAUGCUAACAGUGCAGGAUUGUUCACCUCAUGCACAAGACAAACCGUAACAAAGCUUCAUGCUUGCCCUGUGCAUUGGGACAUUGCAGCACUGCCAUUUUGUCUGGCUGUGCCACCGACUGGCUCUCCUUUGCUUGAAGGCAACGUUGUCUGGCUUGACGAGGUAACAGCCACCCGAGCGCUCAUCAACAUGAGCUCUAUGCCUGAGGAGGAGAAGAUGAAACCCCAAGAAAACAGCAAGAAGGUGGCGGUGGUGGAGGCAAGCAAGAAAGGUAGAUGCUUCUGGAAGCUGACCUUUCCUUGUUCCCUGGGGAGGGGGUCCCUGAGCUCUGGCCUUUGAGGCAUGGCUCGCCUGGGCACCUGCACUCAGAGCUGCUCAGUGCAUGUCUGGAGUGCCACCCUUGGGACCAACCAGGGUGGCACACUGGUUGGAGUAUUGCCUUUGGCUAUGUGAAGUACUGGUUCAAGGCCUCACUGUUUCUCAGCCUUGGAAAAGAGAAAUCCCAUUGUAAAGUCGCUGCUUCCUGGAGCUCCUUCAAGAAAAGGCAGGCUACAAGCAGGGUGGCAAAAGCCUGGGGUCAAAGUUCAGUGUGCUUUGUCUCUGUCCCCAGGGAGAAAAGGCUUUUGGAUGGCAGGGCUGGGAAGGACCUCUGAGUGCUGCCAUAGCUGCCAGCAGAAUCUGGCAGCGUCAGGCAGCUUUGCACGGUCAUAUAUUUAAAAUUGAUGUUUGUGGUCUUAUUUUCAUCCUGGCACAUGGGACCCUCAAGGUGGCUACCGAUGGUCAUGAAUAACCUGCAGCCCAGGUUGGAUGUGCUUAUGAAACUGCUUGCUUGGCACUGAGUUACAUCACUGAGACAACGCUGAAUGUUUUACAGAAAGGGCUGAGCUCACUGGCAGAGCAGCCUCUUGGUAUGCAGAUCCCUGGUAUCACUGAAAACCCCCAGGAUGGCAACUGUUAGUGCUGCUCAGAGCAAAGCCAUUCAAAUUAAUGGAUGUAACUUCACUUAUGCCCUUAAAUUUCAGUGCGACUGACAUUGGUUACACCCCUCCGCCCGAAGCCCUGAAGAGCAUUACCAGUCAGUGUAGGCAGUACUGAGCUGGAGAGACCAGAGGCCUGUCUCGGUCUCAUAGGGCAGCAUCCUCUGUUCCUUCAGGGCUCCAUGCCUUCCCCAGCCCCACUGCUGCUGCCUGGGGCCAUAUGCAUGCAGAGGAGGUUCCCUGCCCUUCAGCUGUGUGCCCUUUCGAAUAUCACCAUCCCUCACUGUUCAGUGAGAAAGCAAAGCUCUACCUUGAGAGCGUUCUCAGUUGGGUUCCCUCUUGUAGAUGGACUUCUGCUUCUCAACCCCAUGUGGCUCAGGGUGCUGGUGUGUUGUUGCACAAGCUGCCUGCUCCUCUCCCCUCCUUCCUGUGGAGGGAUCCCACUUCGUGGGGUGGUUUCUAUGGAGUUGUGGCAGUUGGAGGUGGUGAAGCAGCACAUCAUCCAAUGGCACACACCACCUUUUGACAUUCAUUUUUGUGUGCACUUCAUUUCAGAGAAACAGGAAGAGAGCUCUGAUGACGAGGCGGAGGAGGGCGAGGUGGAAGACGACCAUCCAAAUGAGACCGAGGUCAGUGCAGGAGGCUGGGUCAGGAAAUUUUCACUGCUUUAUAGUUCCGCGGAAAAUUCACUAGUAACAGUGAAUGGGUGCCAGUGUCAGAUAAACAUUAGGUGAACUUGGCAGUUUCUAAAGAAUAAAAGUAGAAUAAACGUGCUGAAUUAGGCAUGUUUCACUUGGGCAGCCGAACAUUUUCUGAUGCAGACGUACUCAUUUCCCCAUUUGCCUAGGAAUAUUUUCUACUGCUAUCUGGGUUUGAGGACUGAAAAAAGGAUGGUUUAUGGAAAGUAGAAGAGCAAGUAUUUUGCAUAAGUUUAUAUAGCUGAUAGACAAAGAAUCAGAAGUAUUUUGCUUCCCCCCUUCUUUUCUCUCUCUUAGUUUUUAUGUUUAAAAAGUGCUUCGUACUUGAUGUUGUUAUUUAUUACACUUGUAUACCACCCUAUACCCACAGGGUAUUCUGUAUCAUGUUUUCCUUGUUUUUCAAGCUGUAAUAAAAAACCGAUAAUGUUAAGGCUGCCAGGAAGAGCAUCUUUCAGCAAUCAAAUACUUGGCUAUUUAUCCAUAUAAGAACACUUCUCUCUUUCUCCUCCCUGCUCCCAUGGAAUGUCAUGAGAAGGCAAGCAGAGUCUUGCUGGAGCACACCAAAGUGGCCUAUCUGGUUAAGCCUUCUUCCUCCCCUCAGAGGGCAGCCAUAUGCUUCCAAGAAGCCCUCCCCCACCCCUUACUGGGAUCGGUCUCUGAACCCUGGGGUACAGGACCUCUGGGCUUCUCCGCGCCCAUAUUGUGUCUUCAGGCGAAGCUGAAAUUGCUGCCCCUUUUUAACAAUCAGGCCUUUGCAGUAGUUUCCGCCCCUGCAGAGAGAUUGAGCCUGACAGGUGUUCUUUCCACAGCUGGACACACUCUCCCAGGCGGAGGAAGACUCCUUGUUGCGGAAUGACCUGCGUCCAGCCAGUAAACUGGCCAAAGGCAACAAGCUCUUCAUGAGGUUUGCUACCAGAGGUAAAGCGCUUCUCCUGUAGGGAUGGUUUGUUCUAGUGUAAAAAUAAACAGGACGGGCGGUUCCUCCUCCAGCAGGACUCUCCCACUCCCUUGCUUGGUCUUAGAUGCUCUAUGAAAACACAACAUUUUCUGAGGGUAGAUGGGUGGAAUGGCAAUUGAGUCUUCCAUUGGCCUUUUUCAUUGUUGGGGUGUGUGUGUCUUGCCUGUGCUGCUGCCUUGCUGAUUAAAAUUGCAUCCUGUUUUUUGAAAUGUUUUCGAUUGGGGGUUCUUGAUAGGAUGGGCACUUUUAAAGCAAGUAUCCGACGGUAGUCCCUGAGCUUGUGCUUUGCUCCUGCAGAUGACAAAAAGGAGCUUGGGGCUGCCAGGAGGAGCCAGUAUUACAUGAAAUAUGGGAAUCCCAAUUAUGGAGGCAUGAAAGGCAUAUUGAGCAACUCCUGGUGAGUGAGGAAGGGAGGCAGCCUAUAGCUCUGUGACCCACCCUGCCGGGGAAGGGAACAGACAGGUAUUUCCUUCUGUUCUUGGUGGUGGUGUGUGACAGCUGUGUCCUCUCUGUGUGGCUUUCCAGGAAGCGGAGAUACCAUUCACGCAGGCUCCACCGCGACGUGAUUAAGAAAAGGACUCUCAUUGGGGAUGAUGUUGGCCUCACGCCUCCUUAUAAACAUCGCCACUCAGGUACCUGAGAGCUACAGGUGCAAUGUGUCCCCAUGUGGUUUGUGGGCCUUGCAAAAGCAGAACAGCAAAGGCUUCCUUUAGGGUUCCUCUUCCCAAACAAAGGCAGCGGCUGGAUUCUGCAUGCAGGCAAAACCCUUUGGCAGAAGAAGCUAUUGGCUUGCAGAGGGGCCUUGUGGAAUCGGCAUGUUGGGGAAGAGGGUGACCUUGCUUGCCUUCAGGGGCUUGAGAGGUUCAAGCCAAUACCUCUGGUUGCUUGAAGGUAUGUGGCUGCUUGAGGUGUCAUGCAAUUUGCUCUGGGAACCCCAAGGAUGUGUUGGGCAAAGACCUUUUUGUUUUAAUUUGCUUUGCUUAUUCAAAACAUGGUUAGUUUGUUCCCAGAGUGGCUUACAGAUCAGUAAAAAAAUAACGGUCCCUGCCUUCAAACUUACAGUCUAAGAGAUAUGGCCUGAAAGGAAAAAAUGGAGGCAGGAAGAAAGAUGCAAACUCAGGCAUCAGUUGUUAAGCUGCAAAGGCAGCCGGUCUCUGAGCACAGCCAAGGGGAAAAGACCCUCUUGCUGCCCAAUGCCUGGUCAUUAAAAGAUGUUGGGCUGGAUUUUUCAUUGUUGCUGUUCCCUGUUUUAGGUCACGUAGAAAGCCUGCAUGUGUCAUGCGGCUUUGGCUCUGAAAUGUGGCAUUAGAAUACUGUAUAUUAACCCAACAGCCUCUAAGGAGAGAGAAGCCUGGUAAUGAAACACCCUGAAAAGCAGGCAGGGUGAGGGAUGCAUAUUUCAAGGAAGUACAGAAGAGUCUUGUGAGAACAAAAAUGGUUCUAGUAAGCUGAGUCAGGCUAAUUCUGGCUGAGGCACAAAAAUUACUCCUUAUGAAAACCAGAAAUGAUUUUUUUAAAUAAAAAAAAUAAAACACCCAUGCAGGAUUGACAAGAAUACAAGGAAAACACAUUUUAUUCUUAUACAGUUAAUUUAAAAACCAACAUAAGAACUUUCCAACAAUAUUCUGGAAAUUCUUGUACUUUAAUUAGCAGCUAGCCCAUUUAUAGGGCUUCUUUUAAAAACUGUUAAAAUCCAUUUCAUAUUAUUUCUGCUAUUGAGUACAAUUAAUGAUGGUGAUUGCAGAGCAGAAAGGCUUGUGCUGGGAUGCAAAUGGAUCCAUUUAUUUUGCCCUUGGCCUUUGCCUACUUUAUUUCCCCAUGUCCCCCUUGCUGCACCUUGGUAGGACGGGUUCUGCCCCAGUAUGGACUUUCCAGCCAUUGCUGGGAUACUUGGGAAGGUGGUGAGUUAUUCAUUUUUAGAAGUUUUCCAGCAGAGACCAGGAGAGGUCAUCUUCUCCCUUCAAGGGUGUUGCUGUGGUGAAGGCUUUCCUUCCCAAGACGGUUGGGCUGGAUGACUUUCAGGUCACUCUCUCCCAACUCUGCAGUUCUGAUGCUGUCUCUUAAAAUGACUUUCUUGCCCUGCAGGUUUAGUAAAUGUUCCUGAGGAACCUAUUGAGGAGGAAGAGGAGGAGGAAGAUGACGAUGACCAGGACAUGGAUGAAGACGACCGGGUGGUUGUGGAGUACAGGGAUGAGCUGCAGGCUUUCAAGCAGUCGCGGGAGCGGAGUGCCUCUCGGCGGUCCAGCGCAGCCAGCGAGUCUGACUCAGAUGAAAUGGACUAUGACCUGGAGCUGAAGAUGAUCUCCACUCCCUCCCCCAAGAAGAGCAUGAAGAUGACCAUGUAUGCCGACGAGGUGGAGUCUCAGCUGAAGAGUAUCAGGUAUGACCGCUAGGCCUCCGAUUCUCAGAAAGGCAUCCUAGUGAAGUAGCAGUGGACUGAGCCAUUCCAUUAGUGCCAGGAGGGGGAGGUGGUGGCCAGAGUGCUAGUGUGUGAGCUCUGCCCUUUCUCGGAUGGCCAGGGCUGGCUGGGCCUUCUGCAUUCAAGGCCUUUAGUUUCCCUGGGAGGCACAUCCCCAUUGGCUCAGUGGGGCAGAGUGUGAGAGGGUCUUCUAGCUAUGCAGGGGGAAUUUGCAUCUUUAUUUUGGUAUAAGGGCUGAUCUGCUAGCCCCUCCACCACUUUUUGGGAGCACACCGGGAGAGAGAGAGAGGAGAAACAAAAGCAAUGUGCCUCAGCCUUUUCUUUCCAGGGUGCAAUAUUGACCCCACCGCCAACAGGCACACCUGCACCCCCAAAACCCCUCCCCCAUGCAGAAAGGCCUUUUGGAAAGCCUUGGGCCAAUUAAGAAUUGUUUUUUUCCCCUUAAACAUCACAGGAACUCAAUGAGAGCAGAUAGUGUUGCAGCCAGCAACAUCAAGAACCGAAUUGGAAGCAAAGGGACUUCAGAGAAAGUGGCUGAUGUGCGGCUCCUCUUGGAGGAAAAGCGGCAGGGAAACCCCAGCCCACGCCAGCCACUGAACUCCGUGAGAUCAGGUAUGGGGGUCCUCUCUGUCAGGGGGCUGCUCCAGUCUGCUUCUGCUUUAGGGAGAUCUAGUUUUUGUAAGCGUUUUUGUAUUAUUGAUAUACAAUGCCCUGGAAGCAGUUUGAAUACACACAGUACAGUGCAUUGUACAUAAAUAAGAAAAAUAUUUGCCCAAAGAGGAAGGAGUUUCAUGUCUUUUGUAUGUUCAACAAAGUCACCUCUGAGAUCCCCCAACCCUCCAGGUUCCUUCUCGCAUUUUCCCGUGCUUUGAAGCAAACAUCUGGUGAAGCCGCAAAUUGCUGUCUUGCCUUCUGAUUGGCCCUUUUGAUCCUUAAAAGUUGCCUGCUGGGAGGGUCCUCAGCUUCAGCACCUACCAUGCUCCUACAUGCCAUCCUGGAGCUGGAAAGCCAACGAGGCUCAUUGCUACCUCUCAGAAUCCAUUUCAGAAGGGGACGCUUCGUGAUCUCAUCCUGGGCCAGCUUUCCCCCUGCCUUCCCAGGAUUGUCUUCCUCCUCUGCUCCACCUUUAUCCUCUCCCACCUGUCUGUCACUGCUGCCCUUCCGUCUGACUUCUGGAUCAAAGGCUUCUUGCCAUACACACAGCUUUGUACGGAUGCUUUGCAGCAGGUGGAGGAAUGUGGGAAUAAUAGCAAGCAGAAUUAAGUCCAGUGGGUGACUGUUCCUUCCCUUAUUUCCAGAUGUUCGGCAGAGGCUUGGCAAGAGGCCGCACUCCCCAGAAGCCCACACCCCACCUGGAAGCCCCUCCACGUCCCACCGUGAGCCUCUCUCCGAUGUGCACAGUCGACUGGGCAUCCCCAAGCAGGACGGGAAAGGCCUCUACUCUGAUACCAGAGAGAAGAAGUCAGGUCAGUCCCUGGGGGAGAAGCUGCUACAUAAUGUCAACCGACCUUGCCAUAGAAACAAUGGUGGCCCAGAGAGGACCACAGAAUCGCCAAGUACGCUGAGGCUCAACCAUUGGGCAGAAAUGAUAGUGUGGCAAAAGCGUGGUGGUGCUGACUGGGUGAAUCAGUCUCUUGGCCUAACUUUCACUCCUUGUUGCAAGGCGAGAAUUCCGCUUUGUACUUCUUGGAAGAUGAGUAUGAUGUAGAUGAAACUCUUUAUUAUUAUUAAAUUUGUGUACUGCCCUUUAUUUGUAGAUCUCAGGGCAGUUCACAAAAUAAAAUUACAAUAUAAAAACAGAAACCAAUAAUUCCCCCUCCUACAACACAUUUAAAAGGCUCCUUUUUCUUGCUGCUAACAAUUCUUCUUCCAAUCUCUCUCUAUAUUAUUAGCAAACUUAUGGACCCGUUUAGGAUCCGCAGCAAAGGUGCAGGAGAAGGUCCCCGAGAAAGCAGAGAAGUCGUCGGCCUCUCCCGAAGAAGAGGACUCUGAGCUCCAGCGGGCUUGGGGGGCCCUCAUCAAAGAGAAGGAGCAGUCUCGCCAGAAGAAGAGCCGCCUUGACAACUUGCCCUCGCUGCAGAUCGAAAUCAGCCGGGAGAGCAGCUCAGGCUCAGACACAGAAUCGUGACGGUCUUUGGGGCGCUGCUGCUGCCGCUCCCAGGUGACUGUUGCCCUCGGCCCCAAAGUGGGAGCCGGGCCCGGCGUGACCCAGGAGCCUCUUGCCCUGCUGAAUGUCCGAUCCCUGCGGUGCAAGGUGGCCCUGCGGGGCAGAGAGAGGUGACCUUGGCUGAGAGUGCGUGAGUGAUUGUCUGUGUGUUUGUUCCCCUAGAAAGCAGUUGGGGGUUUUGUAGGAGACUUGUAUGUUCUUUAGGCUUUCCACGUACUGGUUUCUUUUAAGAGGGGGAAAUGGUUCCAGCAGUUCCCUCAAAGAAUUUGGGACUUGAUGACCUCCUUGGUCCUUCUACGGGUUGCCAGCUGGGGCAGGCUCUGAGGGCCAGCUCCAGCGGCCGCUGCUGCCUGCUCUUCCUCCUCCGGAAUGAUAUUGGCUGCAAAUCCCAAGUGAAGGCAGCAACAGCCCACACCAGCAAUGCUGGAUAGAACCCACCAGAACUGGCUUUCUGUUUCCAGGAUCCUUUCCUACUUAAAAUGAAGAUUGAACAGUUGGAAGCCUCUGAAAAGGGUACACGAAAUCCUGAAAGGUGCUUUUUCUUUGUCUUUGAAAGUAACUUUAAAAUUAUUUCCAUCUGUAACGUUCAAAGGAAUCCAGCAUUGGAAAUACUAACUUUUAUAUAUAUAUAUAUAUGUUUGUGAUUUAUUUUUUUUUGCUGUUGGCUACAGUGUGAAAGCUACCAUGGUGGUUUCAUAUGUGCAGUUCAAAUUAUAUAUAUAUAUGAAGAAUAUGGUUGUGUGUGUGCAUAGGAUUGAAUGGAAGCUCCGCCCCAUAGUGUGCCUGAUGAGAGCCUCUCCUGUGCAGGCCCUUUUGAAAUUAUCAUUGUUCUUAGUAAUAGUAGUAGUAGCCUUAGAAGUAUUUAUUGCACUUAUUGCCCUGCCCUUCCUCUCACAAGAGCCCAGGGCAGCUUGCAACAAUCCACAAAACCAACAUCUAAAAACAAAGCAAAAUCACAAUUGGCAAUAAAGUACAGUUGACAAUUACAUCAAUUACGUUACCUAAUAGAGGCCUGCAGGAACAAAUAAGUUUUAAAUUGCUGCUUGAGUGCAUGCAAGAUAAGGGAUAGCCAGGUCUCCACAGGUGGAGAGAGGGACAGAGCUUCCGUUUGUAGGCUGUCAACUAGCCUAGCACCUGCACAGCCUCUCCUGAUUCUGAUGGAACAGAGAGGAGCAAGUAAGGUGUCAUCUGCAUAUUGAUGCUUGCUGCAUCACAAAUCCGUACUACACACCCCAGCAGGAGAUGUUAAACAGCAUGUGGGACAAAAUCUAGAACCUUGCAGGCUACACAACGAGGCUGCCAGGCGCUGAGCAUUUGUCUGCCAGUGUUGGUAUCUGGUAGUGGCCCUGCAAGUAGGAGUGGAACCACAGCAAUAAAUGCCAACUCCCAGAGCUGCUCAAAGAGGAUACUAAGAUCAAUCGUAUUGAAAGCCUCAGAGGGUUUAAGCAGGGGAUAGCACUCUGUCCCCUGCAUCUCUCUGCUAAAACAAAUCACAGGGUAACCAAGGCUGGCUGGGUGUGGUACUCAGGCCUGAAGCCAGAGUGGAACUGGUGGGAGCAGCUGCAAGGGCCAGUUUCUGGUGGAUCACUGCCCCCAGCAUAGGAAGUGUGCCUACAUUCUGUCACAAUUUCUGUUCUCAUGACAUGAAUGUCUUUGGUUGAUUCAUUCUCCCUUGCCACAAAUGUCCCCCAAUGCCAAAGGUUGUUGUUUCUUCCUUCUUCCUUGGGAAGCUCUUCUCUGUGUGGCUCUCCCUCCAACACCCUUCCCCCUUGUUCUGCAGGAAGUUGUGAAGCACCCAGAAUAUUUUUUGCCUGUAGCAGAAAACAUUACUGCCUUGCCCUGUUGAAGUUUUCCAUGAGUCGUCCAUCUUUGGGUUUUCUGCCUCUUCCCCUUGGCAAAGUGGGAGCCCGCCCCUUCCCACUUUUAUCCAUAGACAAACGUUUUGGGCUUUGGGAAAUUGAGGGAUCAUGAGCGGUGAGCUUUUAUUUCAGAGAAGAGCAGCCUGGAGCCUAGGAAGCAGGGAGGAUAAACUAACAGCAUUUGGUCUCUAAAGCUUCCUUUUUAAAAAAAUUAACUGAACCUCAUGUGUUUAAAUAUGGCUUCUCAAGAUCAUACCUGACAAAGUAAGUAAACGCAGUGUUUUAUCAUUGUAAAAGACUGUUCAAGUGUGUGUGCCCCCCCCUAAAGCCUGAUAUGUAGCUACCUAUCAAUACAAUUAAUACUUUAUCAAAGAUUCAUGUUGCAAGUAAAGUUCCUACCCUGGA